CGGGAGUAGCGGGUCCCGCCGCGGGAAAGGGCGCCGUGGGAGAGGCGCGGGCGCUGCUGGACUCCAGCGAGGACGAGGACGAAGAAGACGCCUUGGGAGGACGGGGAGGCACCGCGUACUUCUUUGGGGAGCUGAUGGGGACGUCGCACUCGUACCGGCGCAGCGUGCGCGCGGCGAUGGCGGCGUGCGUGGUGGCGCUGCUCAUCCUGGCGCUGGUGAUCGCCGGCGCGGUGCUGCUGGCGCGCCGCGGCCCGUCCUCGUCGCGGCCCGGGGAGGCCGCCGCCGCCGGGCGUAGCGUCGACGCCGGCGACGUGCUGGAGAGCCGCUUCGCCGCGCAGGGCUUCAACGGCUCCUGGGUGGACGACACGCGGCUGCUGUUCCGGGACGACGCCGGCCGCCCCAUGUUGUUUGAUGCCACCACGCGCACCUCGCGCGCCCUCCUCAAGAACCACGGCCUGAUCCCAUCGUCGACCAUAAAACUGGAGCUCUCUGCAGACCAUAAGUACCUACUGGCUGUGUACAACUACUCAAAGGCGGCGGUGGAGACGCACGCGCCUGGCGACGACCCCCGCGUGCUGCAGCUGGCCAUCUGGGCGCCCACGGGCAACGCCAUCGCCUUCGUCUACCACAACGACAUCUUCUACCGCGCCUCGGCCGCCGCCGACGCCGAGACGGUGCGCCUCACCUCCGACGGCUCCUUCAGCACCGUCUACCACGGCGUGCCCGACUGGGUGUACGAAGAGGAAGUGUUCAGCUCCAACACGGCCAUGUGGUUCUCGCCCGACAGCAGCAAGCUGGCGUACGCCACCUUCAACGACACGCGCACGCGCGUCAUGACCAUCCCGUACUACGGCUCGCCCACCGUGCUCGAGUUCCAGUACCCGCGCGCCAUCAACCUGCGCUACCCCAAGCCAGGGACACCAAAUCCCACAGUAUCUCUGACUGUAGUGCAGCUGGGAGGAGAUUCUCCAAAGAGUGUAAAAUUGGCACCACCAGAAACUUUGAGGGAACCCAUUUUAAGUACCGUUACUUGGGCAAAUGAUGAUGAAGUGGCUGCUAUUUGGAUGAAUCGGGUUCAGAACAGAGGUGAACUAGUGGUCUGCACAGCAAUGGCAUCUCAAUGCACCACUAUACAAAGUCUUCAUGAAGAAGCAGGAUGGCUGGAUCUCUUUGUUCCUCCUAUUUUCUCCAAGGAUGGAAAACGUGUGGUGUUUGUGUAUCCACAAAAUCAAAGCAAUGAUGCAGGUGCAUAUAGACAUGUGACAUUGAUUGAGCGAGAACCCAAAUUUGACUCUCUAAUAUCACUUACAUCAGGCAAAUUUGUUGUAACAGAAAUUCUUGCUUGGGAUGAAAAGACCCAUCUUGUGUAUUUCCUUGGUACUGAUGAAAACGAUCCAGCAACCUUACACUUAUAUAGUGUAUCAGAUAAUGCUAGCACAGCACCAAAUCAACACACGUGUAUUAGUUGUCAAUUUAAGACACGUGCUUCUGGCAAAUCUUGUUUGUAUAAUAAAGCAUCCUUUAGCAAGGAUUGUUCCUUCUUCAUGCACAGCUGCAGUGGACCCGACGUUCCUGAAGUUAGCUUGUAUGAUAAGGAAAACAAACAUGUGAUGAUUUGGGAGGAUAAUCAAGAAGUUCGAGAACUUCUGAAGGAUCGAGUACUGCCAACCAUCAAGCAGAUGAGGGUAGAUGUUCCUGGUGGCUUUCAAGCUUUAGUCCAACUGCUUCUUCCUCCAAAUAUGGAUACUUCUGGUCAUACCAAGUACCCUCUUCUUGUUAAUGUAUAUGGAGGUCCAGAUUCCACACAAGUGACAAAACGUUUCAAUGUUGAUUGGAGUUCUUACUUAACUGUAAAUCAUAGUAUAAUUUAUGCAGCCAUUGAUGGCAGAGGUUCUGGCCUCAAAGGCAACAGAAUGCUUUUUUCUGGAUAUCGACGAUUAGGAAGUGUAGAAAUAGAUGAUCAAGUUAAUGUAACUAAGUACCUGCAAGACACCUUAUCUUUCAUUGACAAGAACCGUACAGCUAUAUGGGGUUGGAGCUAUGGUGGUUAUAGUACAGGAAUGGCUCUUGCUAAGGACAAACAAGGUGUUUUCAAAUGUGGAAUUGCUGUAGCUCCUGUAACAGACUGGGCAUACUAUGAUACAAUUUACACUGAAAGGUAUAUGGGCCUUCCGACACAAUCUGAUAAUUUAGAUGGUUAUGUUGAAUCUGAACUUAAUAAUAAGUAUGAAAACUUCCGAAACAAAAUGUUUUUCCUGGUACAUGGAACACUUGAUGACAAUGUGCAUUAUCAACAGUCCAUGAUGCUAUCAAAAGUGUUGGAGCACCAUGAUAUUCUCUUCAGACAACAGAGUUACCCAGAUGAGGAACAUGGACUUGCUGGAGUAAGGCCUCAUCUUUACCAUAGUCUGGAGAAUUUCUUGGAAGAGUGUUUCAAACUAAAAUGAAAUAAAUUUUUAUGUUCAUUGUGAACAAAAGUACACAUUUUCAUCACAGAAGAGACAAAUGCUGCAUUUUCAAUGCAAGAAAAUUUGGGACUAAGUCGUGAUGGAAUUUUGUAUUGCUGGAGCUUUUGUGACUUAACAAGAUUUCUCACGACAUCAAGAGCAGCUGAGUUUUAUUAAUUGUUUUCCAAGUUCAUUGACUUUCAUAUUUUGAGACAAUUCAGUUUUAGACAUUUAUUUUAGAAUAAGAUAUACUUCUGCUUUACUUGGCUGAAUGUAUGUCAUGUUUUUAUGAAAGAGAGUAUGUACUUAGUUCUGAAAUACCAUGAAGAAAAUCGCAUAGGUAUUUCAAGACUGGCUGAUUCACUGUCAGGUUUUACUGAGCAGUGUUACAUUUGAUAUUAAUGAGCUUUCCUUGAAUGGAAGUCAUUACAGUGGCCAUUAUUGUAAAAAGAGAUGUCGAGUUGAAUGAUCAUGAAUGGAAUGAUGAAUAUUAUGGACAGAAGGAAAAAGUUUGUGAAGUGAUGGUACACAGGCUCAUGAGCCAAAGGUGAAGAACUAGUCAUGAAGAGACAAGCUGAAGCCUAUAAGAUGAUUUACACAAAUUAAGAAAUGGGUCAUAUGUGCUGUUUUUGUUUUUAAUAUGCCAUAGUUUUUCAAUUCAAUUUUUAUAUUUUUAUUUCAGUGUGGACAAUAUUUCUGAAAGCAAAACAAAUAUUGUUACUGGCGGUUAUGUAGAGGCACAAAUAUUUCCAUGAGAAAAACAGUAUUAUGUUUUAUGUGAAAUAUUAUCAAUGUGAACCAAGUGCAAUUAUAACCGUACCUUCCUAGCUUAUGAAUUAGCUUUUAUAAAUUUUUCACAAUUCCGAGAAGAUAAUUGUAGAAUCUUUGAGAUAAAAUUUAGAAAAAGAAGUUGAUUGACUUGUAAAAUUUCAACAAUGCAUCAGUUACUGAAACAAUGUUAAUGAAUCUCAGAUGGAAAUUUAAGGGUCAUAGUUAUUAAAACUGUAAACAUUUCAUCAAAUAUAUGACAUUUGUUUCUAAAUGAUUAAUUUGACUUCAAUUUAUUUCACCAUGACUAAUUUUAAAAUAAAAAUUGUGAAAUAUACAUUUACUUUUUUCAAUUAGAAAGUGCAAAGUAUGAUUUUUCAUUACAUUGUAAUAAAUUUCAACAACUUUCAUUGAUUAUCCUGUCAACAAUAUGAUGGAUGCUGAUGGAUAUAUAUUGUGUAUUGCUGAUACAGGAACGUUUUCAGUUAGUGCAGAAUGAAGAAGAAUUAAACGGGUCCUGGAAGAGUUCCAAAAAUGAUAAUUGCAUCUCAAUGUUUUAGAUCUCAUUUCUUCUGUAAUCACAAAUCCAUAUUAGUCAUUGAUUAUAUUGUUUUUAUUUUCUAUUACAGUUUUAUGAAUAACACCAUAGUGUUUUACAGUUAGGCUUGUUCUCAUAUACUUGACAAUCAUUACAUGGUGCUGUUGAAAGCAGAAACAGCUUUGUUUGUAAUUUUUAAUGUGAAUAAAACUCUCCAGAAACUGUACUUUAAUGUAACUUUUGUUUAUUUUUGUUGAUAAAAGUUCCAGUUCAGGAAACAGUGAUUAUUUGACAAAUAAGUACUUCAUUUUCUAUGUUCUCAUGUAUAAUAUAGUAUAGAGAAAGACCUGUAAUUCUGCUGAAAAAAUUUCUUAAUUUUUUACUGAAAAAUUUGUUUUGUGGGUUUCUAGUGCAGAAAAGUGAGUUUUUUGUGCUCCUUUAUAAAGUAAAUUAUUUUUUAAACACUUGGUGUAAACAUAAUGAAUGAUUUGUGAGUCCUAGAUGACAAAAAAGUGAUUUUCUGAAAUCCAACCUGAGUCUGUCAAUGUGUGGACACACUCCUAGCAUGUGAACUAUUUUCAGAAACCAAUGACAUUUUUCAAAAAUGGUUCCAAGUUUUUCUUUAAAUAUUUUGCUCAAAAAGAGAAAAUAUUAUGCAUUUCCACACUUCUUUGAAGUCUGAAUUUUUGAAAAUUCAUCAACUACAUAAUUGCAGAUAGAUUUAUUUGUGAAUAAAAUCUGUCUCUCCAAAUUAGAUCUUUAAUUAAUGUCAUACACAAUUUUUGAAAGUGGGAGUACUUUUUGUUUAAUUUUGAGUGAAAUCAUGGCAAAAAAAACAACACAAAGAAGAAAUUCUCAAAAAUGGUUCUAAAUUUUUACUUUUUUCUUUUUUUUCCCUCCCAAGGAGAGUAAAGAUGAACAUUUUUUGUGGUGUAACAGUUAUCAAAUUGGAAUGUUGUACCCAAGUUUGCAGGUUCAAAUCUGACCAAAGCCUUAGAUAUAUGAGUGAAAAAUCCUUCAAAUGGAGGGGAUGUAAAAGUGGCUGCCCCAUAUUAUUGAUUUACAGCUUGUAAAAGGUCUUCAAUCCUACAGAAAGCCUCUGAGUCUAAUUCUAAUUGUCUGUGACAUCGUCCAAGUGAUGCCUUCUUUCUCAGCCAGAUGGCAAAAGGAGUGUAUUAAAAUUUGCAAAAUGUGAAAAUGUUCAAAUUCUUUUCAAAUUUUAUUUAUGCCUUUAAUAUUGAAGCUAGAGAUUGCUUUGUAAAUACAAAGUAUUUCUAAAUAUUAGAUUUUCAAAUAAUUUCAUGUACCCUUAUUUUAAAAAUAUUAGUAGUUUUCGUGUAAUUUCUAGUUGUCAUAUUUUACACCUUGAGUCUCAAAUAUUGAUUAAAUAUUUUAAAUAAAUGUUCAGUAGUGGCUAGAACCCCAAAAGCUGCUCAAUGCUGAACAUCCAGGAGGAGGAGAGAGUGACCUUUAAAUAUUUUAAUCAAACAAUUAGAUAAAACAAAUGCAGUGAAAAGCAAUAAACUCCUUCUCUGGAGCCUUCUAUAUGCAACAUACAGCACUCCAUGCCAUUUCUAUAUUUGUUAGGAAUUUAAAUGAAAUUGCUGUCUUGACUAUUAGAAUGAAGUGUUGCAUUUACUGGUUCAUGUAAUAUUUGGAAAAUGCUCAUUAUUGAAAUCACGUUUUUAUCAAAUGAAAAUUUUAAGAAAAAACUAAAUCUCCCUAUUUUUAUGGAGGAUUACAAAUGUGGACUUUGCUUGCCUGGGUAACACAUACCUGAAAUCUUCAAUAAAAAAUAUUACUCUUUAAAAUGAUACUUAACCUUUUAUAAUAAUGUUCUCACUUUUCAUUAAAAUGUUACUCAGUAAAUGGUCUAGUGUAUAGUCAACUGAAGCAGCUGGUGUUAUUGAGUUUGAGAGAAGAAAAAAUUCUUGCUAAACUAAUCACAUGAUUUGCUAAACUACAUGCAUUUUCCCAGUGAUCAAAAGUUUGUACCUGCCCUAUUUUAAAGUAAAAUUGAAAAAUAUGUUUCCUCCACCUAUAGUUUGGAAAACUUAUUCAGAAAAUUUAAAACAGAGUUACAAUGGACGACGUUCAUCUAUGCCAUUCGAUGGCCUUAUGGUUUGGCGAAAACAAGAAAAUCAUUCAGACAAUAGUUAUUGUCUCAGUAAAGUAUCUGGUUAUAAUAAGAAGAAUAUAGAGGCCCUAUUCUAUCCUAAUUUUCCAUCAGCAAUAAGACCUGUGCCACAUGGACCAGAUGUUUCAAUAUCCAUAUCACCUACAGCAAAACCAGAAAGUACUACCAGUUUUUAUUCUUAGAGUGCAGAAGAACAUGAUCUAGACUUCUCAGAAUUAGAUCACACUCCAUACCCAUUGACACAAUCCCUAUAAAAUGAUUUGUUAUGUGACAUGGGUCUUUUGAAACAGAAGAGUGAACUAUUAGGUUCCAGAUUGAAAGGUAAAAAAUAGGCACAAGAACAACUUUUUUGGUACAGACAUUGGGAAGAAUAAAAAAUAUUUUGCAAAGGUAGUGGAUCUUCUAUUCAGUUUGGACACACUCGGCUUGAUUGGUCGCCUAGGAAAAACAUAAAUCAGAAGAUAGGUGUUUUUAUUUUGACUCUAAUAAAUGAAGUCUAAAAGGUGUUCUUCUGCCCAACUUGCUUCAAUUCCAACAACUCAUUUUACAUCUCUCAAGGAAGCUUAUCAAAAUUUGUAUAAUAUUAUAGAAACAAUUUAAUGUAAUGGACACCAUCGCUAUGUAUACUGUGAUUUUAAAGUGUGCGUUAUCUUAUUGGGAUAUCAAGGAGGAUACUCCAAAUUUCCAUGUUCCUUAUGUGAAUGGGUCUUCAGACCUAGAGAAAGACACUGGGAAGAUACAGAUUGGCCGAAAAGAAACUUAGUGCAAGGAACAAAAAAUGUAAUUAAUUGCCCACUUAUUAACUCACCAAAAAUGUGGCUACCUUGCCUGCAUAUCAAACUAGGAAUAAUGAAGAAAUUUGUAAAAGGUUUGGACAAAACUGGUUCUUUCUUUUAACAUCUUGUGCAAAUGUUUCCAUUGUCAGUAAGAAAAGUGAGAGACGCUUUUGAUGGUCCAACCGAUUCACCAACUAAUUAAAGAUGUCAGUUUCAAAAGUGCAAUGACUCUUGGUAAAGCAUGGGACUUAUUGAAGGAUGUAACCAACAAUUUUCUAGGUAAUAUGAAAGAUGUCCAAUAUGAGCCGGAUAACAAUGCUCGACAAAUUUAAGGUACUUGGAUGUAAAAUGAGCUUGAAUUUAUAUUUUGUCCAUUCCCAUCUUGAAUACUUCCCAGAAAACUUAGGAGUGCUAAGUGAAGAAAAGGAGAGAAAUAUAAUCAAAAUAUGAAACAGAUAAAAAUGAAGUACCAGGGUCGAUGGAAUUUCUCCAUGGUGGCAGACUACUGUUAAUUUUUAUAAAGGGACAAAACUCGUCUGGACCAUAAACCUCAAACAACUAAGUUCAUUUUCCGCAAAGAGGAGAAAAUUGUUUUCCUAUGGUGAGUGUGAAAUUUCUCUGUUCAUUUUCAACUAUUGUAUCAGUGGAAUUAAUAUUUUACAAUGUUUUAUCCAUUUCAAAAUAUGCUCAUGAAAAGGGCUGAGAGCUCAUUAAAACUUAAAUAUAUAUUUUCUGCACAGUACAAAAUCCAUAUAUGAUAAUUGGCAAUGGCAAGCAGAUCUGGAUUCAGCACAACAAUAUUAGGUUAGAGACGUUUUCAACCUUGUGCCACAGAACAUAAAGUUAACUUCACAGGACUGUGUAAUCAACUUCAACUUGCAAUAACUCACAAUUCAUGUCUAAAGAGUCCGAAAGAAAGUCUCUCUACUCAUGUGUAAAUUGUUUAGUCUAUGGGAAAGCAUUCCUCUAGGAAUCGUUCCAUCUUGCGAUAAUAAUGGGGCCAUACAGUGGCAAAACCAUGUCCUACAUCUGGAUACACCUGGAACUCGAAGGGGAUGUCCCGCCGCUGCAGCUCGCGCGCCAGGUUGAGCGAGUGGCGCAGGUGCACGCUGAGGUCGUGGGUGCCGUGGAUGAGCAGCAGGCGCUUCCCGCGGAAGCCCUCGGCGUGUGCCGUGAGGUCCGCGCGCGCGUACCCGGCCGCGUUGUCGUCCGGCGUCGGCAGGUGCAGGUAGCGCUCCGCGUACAGGGCGUGGUAGUGGUUCCAGGAGACGACGGGCGAGACGGCGAUGGCGCAGCGCACGGUGCGCGUGGCGUCGCGCGCCAUGGUCAUGGCGGCCAGGUAGCCCCCGCGGCUCCACCCCCACACCGCCACGCGCGCCGCGUCGAUGUAGUUGAAGCGCUCCACCAGCUCCCUGAUGGCCUCCAGCUGGUCGUCCACGUCGUCCUGUCCGAUGCCCUUGUGCGGGGGCCCGUUGCCCGCCGCCACCACGGCGUACACCACGCUGCGGUUGGCCGCCAGGUGCGCGCGCCAGUCCACGUUGAAGCGCUCCGACGAGCGCUGCGCGCCGUCCCACUCCUCGUUCAUGUCGAGCAGCAGCGGGUACUUGGCCUUGGCGACGUCGUAGUUGGGCGGCAGCCAGAGGCGCACGCGCGCGCGGCGCCCGCGGCGCAGCAGCAGCUCCGCGCGCGCCUCCCAGGGCAGCACGACGGC